AUGCUAGCAAUUAUUAGUCUUGUUGUGUUCAUGGUAUCUGUAGCUAGUAACGCUCAAAACCCUCCUUCGCUUCCAAUAUGGCCAACUGGAUUUAAAACUGACGCGACUGUAACUGCUUUUGAUGAAGAUAAUCAACCUCAUCCUCAUCAUAGUGUUUUCUAUUAUACGUACACAAAUAAAACACGUAGCGGACGUUUACAUGGUCAAGAACGACAUGACCAUUUCGGGUAUUGUUAUGGCUGGGCUGUAGAUGAACCAAGUUGCAUCAUUUUAAUUACUGACAACGUUUACAUCAUAGCUAGUAAUCUUUGUUGUAUAGCUAUGCCAGGAAAUUUCGGUGUACCAAUCCACUGGCUUAAUGGUGCAACAUGGCUUGGCGUAGAACAAAUUCACGGAAAAGCGGUUGAUCAUUGGUAUUCGCAUGAUCAUGAAUAUUGGAGUGAAGUUAGUAAUUUAAGAAAUGGUCUCCGGUAUUCAGGACCGAAUUUUAAAACACCACGUCAAUUUACUGAUUAUGACGUUUGGCAAAUUGGUGAACAAGAUCCAACUCUUUUUGAUUUACCGAAAAAUACUGAUUGUAGUCAAAGUUGUCCUAAAUAA